GAACUGCAGAGUCGAACUGAAUUGAAUUGAAGCUGAAUAAAACCGAAUUAAAUUGAUUUCACGGUUAACCCCACCAUUUGCUGGCUGUCCGCCUCCGUUGCCACACAAUUCCCAAUCCAUUGCCCCGCAACACCACAAAAGUGUGUCAACUGCUGGCAGCAUCAAGAUAAUUCAGGACGACAUCUCGACCGACCGAAUUCAGGACCACACUCGGCAGCCGUCAGUCGACAUCACUGCGAAACGCGACCAUGGCCACAGUCUCAGAUCUCGCCGAGCGCGUCAAGGACGCCGUUAUCGGCAGCGACAAUGUCUACAUUGAUACAGACGUUGGCGUGGACGACGACACCGCCGAUGGCUCCAACGCCAAGCCCUACAAGUCCCUCGCCCACGCCUACAUCCAGAACAUCGACAAGCCCGCCCCCCGAUACCAGGUUCGCGCAUCCACCACCGGCCCCGUCGCCGAGGGUGAAGACCCUUCUGUGCGCCUGCAGUGGAGGGAUCCCGCCAAGAGCGCCAUCAAGAAGGCCGACGGCGCCCUCAGUGCACACAAGAAGAAGCUCCAGAAGCAGGCACAGGCCGCCGCCGACGAGGAGAAGCAAAAGCUCGCCCGUCUCGCCAACCUCGAAGACGCAAAGAAGAUCGUCCUGAAGCAGGACUCAUCCCUCCCCAAACCCCUCAAGAUCAAGAUCGGACGCAAGGAUAUCGAGCUGGGCGAUGGCGAGAAGAAGGGCACCAGAGUCAAGGUCUUGGGCAGGAUCCACAGGCUGAGGGCACAGAAGCAAGCCACCUUCAUCACCUUGGUCGACGGAUACGGACACCUGCAGUGCGUCCUUCAGGCUGGCGACCUGACCAAGAACUAUGAUGCUCUGACCUUUGCCCAGGGCACCUCCUUGGCCCUAUACGGUGAGCUGCGCAAGAUCCCCGAGGGCGCAAGUGCCCCCGACGGCAGGGAGCUUCACGUCGACUACUACGAGGUCUUGGGUGCGUCCCCCAGCGACCACGACGCCAUCACCAACAGGGUAUCGUCCCAGCAGAACCAGUGGGACCCUCAAAUGCUCGACCAGCGUCACCUCGUGCUCCGCGGAGACAACGCCUCGUCUCUCAUGAAGAUCAGAGCCGCUGUCGAGAGAGCUUUCCAGAAGGUCUACGACGACCUGGAGCUGACCAAGGUGUCGCCCCCGGCCCUGGUGCAGACGCAGGUCGAGGGUGGUGCCACUCUCUUCAGUGCCCCGUACUACGACGAGGCCGCUUACCUGACCCAAUCAUCCCAACUCUACCUCGAGACCGUCCUGCCCAGCCUGGGAGAUGUGUACUGUAUCGAGAAGUCCUUCCGUGCCGAGAAGUCUUUGACUCGUCGCCAUCUGUCCGAGUACACGCACGUCGAGGCCGAAUUGGAUUUUAUCGAGUUCCCAGACCUCCUCGAGCAUCUGGAAGAGGUCAUCUGCCGUGUUAUCGACAUCGUGCUCGCCAACCCCACCAUUGCCGCCUAUCUGAAGGAACUCAACCCUACUUUCCAAAAGCCGUCGCGUCCCUUCCUGCGCAUGAAGUACACCGAUGCCAUCGAUUGGCUCAACCAACAGGACCCCCCUAUUCCCAACGAGGAGGGCAACCCUCACGUCUUCGGUGAUGAUAUCGCGGAGGCUGCCGAGCGCAAGAUGACCGAUGCUAUCAACAGGCCAAUCUUCCUCACCCACUUCCCUGUCGAGAUCAAGGCCUUCUACAUGAAGAAGGAUCCUGCCGAUCUUCGUGUCACUGAGAGUGUGGACUGUUUGAUGCCUGGCGUUGGUGAAAUCGUUGGUGGCUCCAUGAGAAUGGAGGGCUACGACGAGCUUCUCCAAGCAUACAAGAACCAAGGUAUCGAUUCCAAGGACUACUACUGGUACACGGACCAGAGAAAGUACGGUACCUCUCCUCACGGCGGAUACGGUCUCGGUCUUGAACGUUUCCUUGCUUGGAUCGCUAACCAGCACACUGUCCGCACUACUUGCUUGUACCCUCGCUUCAUGGGUCGAUGCAAACCUUAGGCAGUUUUCGAGCUAGACAAUCAGGUUGCAGCUGUUAAAGAUGAUCUCUAAACAUAGACACAAAUAGACAACCAGAUGCAAGUUGACCAAUGAAUUUUUACUGCAAUCAAUCUGUG